AUGACUUCUGGGGUCAAGCUUUCCUACCAGAGGCUGCAAAAUGAACAAGAGCUGGACGAAGAAAUACUAGAAAGAGAAGUGAAGAAGGCAAAGGCGUGGCUUAAGUUCAAGGCUCUGGCUGGUAGAAGAAGGCCAAAGGUUCGUGUUCCCAGACUGAAGAGAUUCCUCAGAAAAAGAAGCAAGUUUCUGCGUGGCUUCAAGGUCUCAUGGCGGAAAGCUCUGCACAGGCUGAAGAAUGGGCAGAGUCAUCUCAGUGAUCUCUUCGGGGGAAACUUCCUAUUCAUGCACUGCAAUCCCACUCCUUUCAGUAUGAAUCAUGGCCUUCACAAAUCACCACCAACUUAUUCUAUGGGGAGGAUUGUUUAA